GUAAACAAACCAAUCUGACAGCGACGGCGAGCCAAGUGAGGCGUAUGUGCGUUUCACCCGUCUUACAUUUUUAAUGGGAAGGAUGGUGACUCCCGAAACUGCGCGUUUGCUGGUACUACCGCAUUAGGAAUAAUCGCUAGUUUGUUGUCGCAUCGAUAACGACUGAAUCGGUUGAAGCGCGCUGCGGAGACGCGACAGUCGACAUUCGGAGAUGAUGGACUGCAGCAUUCAGGAUAAGAUGAGCGUUCGUAGAUACGUUUCUGGCGAUGUCGGCUGGGUUCUCUAGCUAUAGUGUGGUUGAGCAGAAGAGGGAAUCCACGCUGGCGACCUGCAGCAUGGGGCCCAUCAUGCAGGAGCGCACUGCAUCCACGGCGAUCAAACGCGUCGUGUCCAAAGAGAAGAUCCGAGUGAAGAAUACGGAAAACACCGGAUCAGUCACCAGUUCAAAGAAGGGUAACAAGAUGAGGAAAGCAACGAGCCUAAUGGAAAAUGGUCUGCCAGGUCCAGGUCAAGAUAAGGACACUCUGGCAACAGCGCAGAGAGCUGCUCACACAAAAAAGAGCCGAUUCAAGUCUGGCACACCGGGAAAUACAAGCAAACUUUCAAGCCCUGUCGACGAAGCUAACGUGAGACCUCAGCUUCGGCAGUACAGGAAAGAGGAAAAAAGAGAAACUCAAUGGAACACACCUUGCAGCACGGAGCUCCUCCAGAAUCGUGGGGCGGGAGUGGGGAAAAACCGCCGAGCCCUCUCUCUUCCCAUCUCCCCAAUAUCGGGGCUGCGACACAUGCAAAUGCUGCCACUCACACCCUCCCAACUACCCAGUACGGAAGCCCUUCAGAGGCAUUACACCCAGAAGGAAGACGACACUGACAGCGCCAGUGAUCUGUCAGAUUCUGAGAGGCUUCCUGUCUUGCCCUCCCCCUGUACACCUUGUACCCCACCUCAUCUAAACCUUCGAGCUGAAGUCAUCAGCACCAAUGAUUUUCCCCCAGAUAUACCAGGACCCCGGGGUAUUAUCGGUGAUGAAGCAGAAAGCGAGGAGCCCAUCUAUGGUUACCCUGACUUCCUGCCCCCUCCCUUCAACAGCUGGAGCCUACGACAACUGGCAGUGUUCCUCCACACGGAGGGUCGGGGUGCUCCUCGGCCUAAGCCAGUAGGGCCCUUGGAGAAGUAUCUGGAAAGGCUGCUGCAACUCGAGUGGCUGCAGAUCCAAACAAUCAACGCAGAAAAUAGCCGUCCGCCAGGAAGCCGAACCCGACCUCAGAGCUUCCCUGCCGCCGCCACCGCCCACCCUCAGCGGCCCCACACGGCACCGUCCUCCCGACUCAACUCUCCAAAAGGUUUCCGUCAGAACCAGCGAUCUGUUCCGUUUCCAGUCAACAAUCCGCCAUCACCUGCAUCCUCAGCAGCGCACCACCAGCUCUCCCGACUGCCAGUGUGCCCACACUGUCACAAUCGUUUUCCCAUCUGCAACGGAAGCUGCUCUUCUUAUGCCUACCAGCGACACUCCCGACUCAGCCCGCUGCUGGAGCGGAGAGCCAGACCCGGCGCCCCGGCUAAGAGAAGCAGCAGCGAGACAAGAGAAACCUCGAAAGAAACGAAGAGCCCCGGUGGACAAGGUGGUGGAGGACAUACUCCGGUCAGCCCGUCGGCAGCCAAGAGUCACAUCAAACACAUGCAGGCCACGGGCAAUUCUCGUAAACAACCGCAGGAAUCUGGAGCCAGCGUUAGAGGUCAGACAAGGAGAAGGGUGAGAGCCAGCUCUGAGACAGAUGUGAAGAAGGAAGCCGGUGGUGUGAAAGCCACGGCUGCUGCUGAGAAGCGCAGCGCGGUUGCUCAUAAGAAAGACGUCGCCGCGUCCAAGAGGGCAGAGAAGGACUGGCAGAGGACAGAGGCAGGAAGUCAGACCUCAAAAACCUGUGUGAAAAGAGCGACAAAGGAGCAGCAACCUCUCACCAAAGCGUCACUUAGCAGCAAGCAGAAUGGGAAAACUAAAAAUGUACAGUUUGUUGCAAAGUAACACAAACAGACCCUGUAUGCUUUACUGCCUCUGCUUGCUUCUGUGUGUAAUACAACUGUAUCUUACUGUAGACUACAGGCUUUUCAGAGGUCAUCUAUAACAGUUCAUGACUUAAAGAAUGACUUUAAAUAACAGCAUGAAACAUGCACUCACUCACAUCAACUCCAUUCAUAACACUUGACUGGGAAAGGGGAAGAGGAUGUUGUGAAGGAGGCAGAAAAAUAAGUUGGACAAACAAGAUAGUGGUUUAUUCGUUACUCCAAAAACAAAGGCAAAAUUAGAUUCACUCCUGGCUCCAGUGGACGGGAUGCAUCACACUACAUAAGGCUUUUAAUUACAAGAGAGUAUACACAGUAUACAAACAACGGACACCGUAAAGCUGGAGCUGGUGGGACAUCAAUUUCACGUCAUUAUGGCUAGCGUCUCUUCGGUCAGUCUUGAAUAGAAAGGUCAUGUAAAUAAUACACUCAAACUUCAUCAUACUUCUGCUAGAGUGAGUAGCAAUUUUUCAUCAAAGUCGUUGCACUUUCAAAAGCCACGGCUGUAGGGAUCAAGUCACAAGUCCUGCUCUGUAAACCACAGCUUUAUUUUGAGCACGUAACUGUUACCCCUGCACCUUAUUGCUGCUUCACCAAGAAAGUGGAGGCCAGACAUUCCAAAAUUCAAAACAAAUGUAUAAUCUCAUCCUAAAAAAAUGCUGUCAUCAUGCCUCUACUAACCAACCAACGAUAUAUAGGUAAACAAUAUCCCAGCUGUGAUCAUGUUGAAGUGAAUGCCGAUAGCUAUCAAUGUCAGACAUUCCUGCGACUGGUAGAGCUCUAGAUACUGGAAUGUAUUUGUUGUAUGACUUUGACUUCAUGCUGCUUGUAUCUUUCUUUGGUGCUUCGUUUCUUUUCUCGGCUGCUGCUGUGAUUGUCCCUUUGUUUCAGCGAGAUUCUUUCACUUUUGGUUCCAAGGGCUUUCCAUGUUUCAACAGCUGAAUUGUAGUCUCUGAAAAUCUGAUGUUUUUUGCAUAGAGCCGAGCUCUUUGUACCAUUGAGGACUGUGUGAGGUUUGCUACAAAUGUAAAUGCAUAUUUUUCCAGAUUUUAUAAGCCAUAGUUAUAUUUAUGGAUACGUGUUUGUUGUUGGAUUGUACUCAUCACCUUUCAUGUUUACAUUGUCUUGCACAAAAAAAAAAACAACCUGUAGUGGAGUGGCUCUGUUGUGCUGCACGACGCUGCUCAAGCCAGUGACUGAAUUCACUGCUUAAAAUAUGGGUCAUUUGAAACAUCUCCAAGUGUAUACUUGAAAACUGCUCAGCGUUCUGUUUACAUUGUGUCUUCUCUGUUCUGUGUGGUGUGAACUUGGUUAACAAGAGCGCCACCUGGUCUCAUCCGACCUGUUAUGAAGUGUCAAAGCCAUAAAUAAUGAGCCGCUGUGGCACUGUUACUGUUGAACUGUACAUUUCAUGGACAUGCAGGCGGUGUGUACUUCUCAGUGUUGAAUGCGAGUAUUUGUAAGGCAUUAAAAUAAAUGUUUUGCACCAAAAUUCAAUUUGGCUCUGUUGAUGAUGAAAUGUGGAAAAGGAUAGAUGUGUUUAGGGGAAGAGUUGGAUGUUUAGA